CAGUACAUUAACAAAAUAUCGAGUAUUUACCCGUAUCGGCACACUACACAUUCACCAUCCUCCGAGUUAUAUUUUGGUGUAAAUGUAAGAGAUAUUAAGCAUAUAAAGUCAUUGAAGGGAAUGCAAAACAAAUAUUGAAAUAUCAAAUAAAAUAAAAGAUUGAGGGAUGACAGCUUUUCGGCUGUUGUCGCGUUUAGCGCAAAAUUCCUUUUGGCAACAACGUCAACGCAUGCCGUUGACUGUUCUGGCCGGCACCAAGGUGAGAUCAUGGUCUUUACUGAAUUCGCAUGGCACAAUACAGUGCACGUCACUUGCUCCGUUUGUAAGCAGUCGGCAUUCAUUCAGUACAAAGAAAUCGCCUGACUUAGCGGGGAAAACCGACACAAAAUCCUCUCCCGUUCUAGCGGACGAGGAGAUUUUUGGUGAAGCAUCUAAGCUUGGCCUAUUCGCAAAAUUCAAAUUGAUGUAUAAAAAAUAUUGGUAUGUGUUAAUACCAGUUCACGUUGUUACCUCAAUUGGUUGGUUUGGAGGUUUCUAUUAUUUGUCUAAAAGUGGUGUAGAUAUCCCAUUGUUAUUGCAGCAUAUGCAUGUUGGUGAGAGUAUUGUGGAGCGUUUUCAAAAUUCGAGCAUGGGUCACUAUGCAAUUGCCUAUCUCUGUUACAAGGUGGCGACACCCUUACGUUAUGCGGUCACAUUAGGUGGUACAACGGUGUCAAUAAAAUAUCUUGUACAAGCUGGACAUAUUAAACCAAUUCCCAGCAAACGAGAAUUAAUGCAGAUGUAUGAAAAAAAUAAAGCCGACCGUGCAGCUGCUAAACUGGAAGAAGCUGACGUAACACAAAAAACUAAAGAAAAGCAAUGAUACAAACUGAGCAGCUUUAGAUGUACAUUUGUAUAACAUGAGACUAUUUAAAGCCGAUUUAGAAAUCAAUUUGAUAUUUUCAGUUCUGUUGUGAAGAUUACUAAGAGUAAAUUAUCACCUUCAGAAUGAAAUUUAUUUAUUUUAUGUUAGAUUAAAAAAUGAUUGCAUCAUAUAGUUGGUAGUUAUCAUUGCAACAGACGAAUUGCUCAAAGCGAAGUCUUGAUGGAAUCGACAAUCUACGGCUGUUUUUGUUGAGCUGCCCGAGGCAUUAUGCUCUUAUUUCUAUUCUUCCAUAGAAGUAAAAUAUUAAUUUGCGCUCAAUUGACAUUGUGGUCUCAAAUAAAAAAAAACUGAUGCGUAGCAUCAAUAUCUUUAUGAA